CUAUUGGCAGCACUGUUGACGUGUUCCUGCUGCGUGUCAUUUUCGCGUAGAAACACACAGCUUAGAAAACAAGAUCUCGCGAUGGCGGAUGCAGUGAUUGGUACUGUCAAAGAAGUCAUAAAAGGCAUCUUUGAGAAUGUAACGGCAAAGAACAAUACCGCCGAUGCAAGUGCGACACCGAGCGAAAAGAAGCCGCCAUCCACCCCUGAGGGUAUGGCUGUGGCAUAUGGAAGUCUGGUGAUAAUGGCUAUGUUACCCAUUAUAUUAGGUUCCAUACGUUCCGUUAAGCUGCACAAGUUAAAAAAGUCGACUGGUGAAAAGGCCGAUACCAUGACAAAAAAGGAUGCCAUGUAUUUCCCAUUGAUUGCAUCGGCAGCACUUUUUGGCCUCUAUUUGUUCUUCAAGGUAUUCCAAAAGGUUCACAUCAAUUAUUUGCUUACCGGCUAUUUCUUUGUCCUCGGAGUAAUAGCCCUGGCCCACCUGCUGAGUCCUGUGAUAACGUCUCUAAUGCCUGCCGUAGUCCCCAAAGUACCUUUCCACAUUCUCUUUACCAAGGGCGAGGGUAAACACAAAGAGGAUAUUAUUAAUUAUAAAUUCUCCACCCACGACAUUGUAUGCCUGGUCAUCUCUUCGGGCAUUGGCGUUUGGUAUCUCCUGAAGAAACACUGGUUGGCCAAUAACCUCUUUGGUUUGGCCUUCGCCGUUAAUGGCGUCGAAAUGUUGCAUUUGAACAAUUUCGUCACUGGUGUCAUUUUGCUGUCCGGUUUGUUUUUCUAUGACAUCUUUUGGGUGUUUGGCACCAAUGUCAUGGUCACAGUGGCCAAAAGCUUUGAGGCACCCAUUAAGCUAGUCUUCCCCCAGGACUUGAUCGAACACGGUCUGGGAGCCUCGAACUUCGCCAUGUUAGGCCUGGGUGAUAUUGUUAUACCCGGUAUAUUCAUUGCUCUGCUAUUGCGUUUCGAUGAGGCUUCUUCGGGCAAGAAGCGUAAGACCAGAAUAUACUUUUAUUCAACAUUGGCCGCAUAUUUCUUGGGUCUGUUGGCCACAAUAUUUGUAAUGCAUGUGUUUAAGCAUGCGCAACCUGCCCUGCUUUAUCUGGUACCCGCCUGCAUGGGCACACCUCUGCUGGUGGCUCUAAUCCGGGGAGAACUGAAGGUCCUUUUUGCCUAUGAAGAUCAUCCAGAGGACAAACCCGAAAAGAAAGAGAAACCCAGCAAGGAGAAAGACAAUAAAGACAAAGAGGAGCAUCAUUCUACUAGCUCCAGUUUAAGCAAAAAGAAAGAGUCCAAGAAGGCCAAGUAAAACGGGUCUCUAUGUGUUUGGGGGGGCUUAAAUCAUUCGUCGUUCCAUCUGCAAAUUUAAAUAGUCUUUUAUCUUAGUCCUUUUUUCUUUGUUAUCACUUCUUUAUCUUCCAUUUUUCCACCAGCCACCAUUCGUUUUUAUACUACUACUACUACAACUACUAUAUAAAAGACGAUCGAUCUAAUUAAUAAUUUUCCUGUACUCUCAAUUUCGGUUAAGUACAAAUUUGUUGUAACCUUAUUUUUACCUUCUUUUUUACUGAAUUUCAAACAUUUAAAAACUUAUCUUGUAUGAAUAAGAAAUCUUAAUUAAUUUAUGUUAAAAUUAAGUUCAACAGUUUGCAAAAAAAUAUAUAGAAUUCCAGGUUUCUUUUCUAAAAAUACAAAA